AGCUUUUCGUAGUCCGCUCAAUAUGUUGUCCACCCGUCGGCUCAUGUGGGCUUUGUAUUUAGUCAUCUCUGUAGCAGCGGUUCGGCUGGACACCGGCAAACAAGUGGAUGUCAACGGCGACAGCCUACUCAUAAAGGCAGUGCAUGAAAGCGAGAGGAAGCUGCCAUCCCUGCCAGCAGAGUGGAGAGAUCGCUUCGAGAUUGAGAAGGAACUGGCUGAAGGUGGAGAUGGAGUUGUCUACAAGUUGCACGUCCUUUGUGGCAGUGGCGAUUCAUUUGUUUCAGAUGCGGCUGAUGAAAGACGAGGAAUACGUGAUUUCCAGCAUCGGGGUGCCUGACUCUGUGGACACAACAGAUGGCCGCUGGAUCAUGAUGCCUUUCAUGAACAGUGGCAGUUUUUCGGCCCUUUUCAGGGCAUGUAGAGACAGCGAUGCAUGUAUGUGCCAGACCAAGGAGCACCCAUCGCCGUGCUGGGAGACUAUCAGGGAACACGAUCUUCUAUGGGUGCUGGCUCUCUUUUACCAAGCGGUUGAAGGCGUGAGUGCGAUCCAUGCCAAAGGAUAUGCUGCUUGGAUCUUGUUGGACAAUAUCAUGCUGCAGUGCAAGGGCACAUCUUGCUUUGCGAGCAUCAUCGAUCUGGAUCAAAUGUGCGGACCAGGCGAAGGUGAUUGUGAAGGAGGAACAGUAGGGUUUGCUGCACCAGAAGUUCAUGAAGGACAUCAGGGACUCCCAGCCAAUGAUGUUUGGUCUAUGGGGACAGUACUUUAUAUUUUACUUUAUGGCGAGUGGCCGCCCUACAUGGAGUUCUUUUGGAAUCCCGACUCAGCAAGGAAGCAAGCUGCAUACAAGCCAGAGGAGGAUGCCACAAUCCCAAAGAAACGCAGAAGUAUCGAUAAUUUGGUGGUUGAGAUGCUGAACACGAACUACGAAACACGCAUCAGCCUUGAGGAGGUGAAGAAGGGUGUAAAGGAUUUCAUCACAGCCGAGCAGCCAGAUCAGGAGGUGCUGGACAUGCUCUACAAAACUCCGACCGCUCGUGGCCUCACAGAUGACCUCCCUACCUGCAUCUCUGACUAUACGCCGUCUUCCUUCGACCCCAAGCACUGCCGCAAUACGCCCACCAGGGCAGAAGGAUGGUUUACUUGUGGCAUUUGUGUUUUGUGUGAUCCGUGUUGCGAAUGCUGGACUCUCUACAAUGGACGAAUAAAAACGGAGUACUUCUUUGCGAAGAGUUGUGAGUAGAAAAGCAUGCAACCCAAGCAUGGCGGCG